AUGUCAUUAAUCACGUUUUUCCAGAGCAUAGGAUCUGCAAUUGAUUUUGAUAGAUUCCCUGUAACUGCCAAAAUCAAGAAAUGGGCAGGUGUUCUGAAAAAUUUUAUCACAUUAAUAGCAAACGGCGCAAUUGGAUAUCUAAACUCCCAUGACUUCAGACUUAUCAUGGCACUUAUCAUUUUGGUACUUUCAGCUGUUACUUUCAUACCAAGUUUCAUGUCAGGAUUAAAGCAUAGAUAUUUGCCAUUGAGAUUGAUGAUCUAUAUACCUGCCAUUGCACCAUUGUUAGCUAUAUUUUACCUUGAACUCAAGAUUUAUGUUCAACUUUUAAUUUUCAUAUUUUCACCAUUAUUCUUCUUUGUAAUUAGGUUUUUUGCAUGUAAAUGUUGGCGAAAUGUAUUUGAUGAUAUCAAAUAUGCACCUACAGAAGAAGAUCUCCACAAACAAAAGACGUUAAUUAUCAAUAAUUUCAAUCCGGAUGAAUACCUCAAAACUGUGAGAGAAAGUAUACAAAUUAGGGAGCCAAAAUUAUACUUAGACCUCUUGAAAAUAAUUGCCGCUAUUGGACUAUUUGUCGCCUCAUAUUUCUCUAGAAAAACCAUUUUUGUCGUUAUUCCAUGUGCAUUAUUCGGAGUUAUUCUUUUCAUUCCAGGUGUUUUGGGUCUUUGUGAAUGUUCUCGAAAGUUUAAAUACAAAAUAAAGGCAAUUCUAAAAAGAUUGACAUUUACAGUUUUCACAUUGUUCUUAGAUAUCUUCUAUAUUCCCUUAUUGACUUAUUUCAUUCAAAUUUUAUAUAGUACAAAUGUACAAUGUCCUCCAGGAUAUUAUUGGGGUUCAUUUAGAGCUAUUGAUACAUUACUUAAAACGCAAGGCCAUUGCAUUCCUUGUGCUGAUACAUUAAGGCUAAAAUAUCCAGGAUAUGAAGGAUAUAUGAACACACAUUCAACAAGAAUAGGUAAUGUUGAUGAAAAAAUGCUUAGGGAAGACUUUCAACAAUAUCUAGCAAAUAAUAGUGGAAUUUAUAAAGAUUCUUUUAAUACAAUAAAUUCCACAUUCCAAGAAGGAUAUGCCCCAUCAUAUGAACUGUGCCCGCAUUUAUGUUCUGGUAGUCCAAUUCGUGUUGUUAAGACAGAACCAUCAAUUUACUUUGACUAUGAUAUUUUACCUAUAUAUACAAUAUUUUUGUUCUGGGCUGUUGCAUUUAUUAUGAUCGGAUGUCCUGUUUUGUACUUCGUUUUGAUAUAUAGAGCGAGAAAGGAAUUCAAAACAAUACCAGCAUAUGGAGAUUCCAAAGAAUAUAGAUGGUAUUGCUUAAUGAGAAGAGUCGAUACUGUUGGCGCUAAAUAUUGCAAAGACUUAACAUAUUUUAAUCCUUAUUGGGGAAUUGUUAAAAUUUUAUACAAGUUUUUAGUUUUACUUAUUACAACAUUAGCAAAUCUUGCACACAAAAACAUUAUUGGAUGUCUUCCUGCGAUACAUAUAUUAAUGUUUAUUUUAACAUUUGUUCGAAAACCAUAUUUUUCUUUCCUCAACAAUUUAGUUGAUAUGAUAUUGUAUGCAACUAAUGCUGUUGUUGGAAUUAUUGCAACAAUUAAUGUUUUCAAACCAAUUCCUGCAAAGGUUAACUCAGCAUUUGUUAUUAUUGCAGAUGUCGUAGGUGUAAUUGCAACUGCUGCAGCUAUUGUUGCUAACAUGCUUGAUAAAAAGAAACUCGAGGAUCCAACAAGACUAACAGAUAAUGAUCUAAUUAGAAUCAAAAGAGAAGAAGAGAAAAAAGCUGACGAAGAGAAAGAAAGAAAACAGAGAGAAAAGGAGGAAGCAAAACAAGCCGAAGAGAAAGAUAAAAAAGGUGAAGAUAAGAAGAACAGAAAGAAUUCUAAGAGAAAGCAUCCAAAUUCUAAGAGAAAACACCAUAAUUCUAAAAGAGGAAAAGAUAAUGAUUUAUUGGAUAAUACAUCUGACUCCAGUGAUGUUGAAGAUGAAUCAUAUUCGAAGAAUCAGAAGAAGCACAAAGAUGACAUGAGUGAUUUCAGUGACAGUGAUGAUGAACGCAGUCAUAAAUCAAAGAAGAAAGAAGAAUCAGAAAGUGAAGGAACAAAGUCAAAGAAGAAAGAAGAAUCAGAAAGUGAAGCUUUGAAGUCAAAGAAGAAAGAAGAGAUUAUCGAAGAAGAUAAUGUUGACGAAGAUGAAAUUCUUGAUAUUGAAAAUGUUAAAGAAGAUAGUGAUCAUGAGUCAAAAGAUAAUAAAGAAGAUGAAGGAAAAGAAAAGAAUAAAAAUGACAAUGAAUCCAAAGAUGAGGAAGAAGAAAAUUUAUACUUAAAUAUCCAAAAUUUCAAAGGAAAUAUCAGAUUCUUGUGGAGCACAACCAGUCAGAUAAGCACGUUAUUGGAAAGAAUCUUUUCAUUCUUGACGACAUUGGAAGUACUAUGA